CGUUACGGUGUUUUUACAAAAGAACUAUAUCGUAUUUUUUUUAGUUUAGUGUUGUGUACAAAAUUAGUUUUAGUGUCUACAAAAUAUCCAUUUUAAAUAAAAAAAACUUAGUAUUGUUUUAGAAUACAUGACUUUUUCUCUCAGUGGUUCACGAUGUGGAUCGUGGCGUUAUAUUACUUAACCGCGGUUGGUUAUGCCGUGGGCGCACACCCGGUAACGUGCUCCAGUAAUGAUGAGUGCGGCGAGGGCCACUAUUGUGAGAUAUCCGCCCAUAGAUGCAUCGAGUGUCUCCAGUGUGGGAAUCUGAAAAGACAAUCACCACCGUUCUUGCCGGAGCAUAGCUGUGUCAAAACUCUGGUCGACUGCGGACCAUGCCUCGAAGGAUUAGUGGUGGACCACCGUGAUGUUAACGCAGAGUGCGUGUUUCCCGAAAGCCAAGGAAAUAGCCCCAUUCUGCCGGUCUACUCGUGGGUGUUCAUUGGGAUCGCCAUUAUCAUCGUCAUUGGCAUGGCUGUCUGUUUCUACUUAUACAGGAAACCGGAGAUAUUUAAGGCCUCCAUGUCGAACU